AUGGUCAUCAAACAACCUAAUACACAAAUUAAGCUUACAAAUGUUUCCAUUGUUCGUCUACGAAAAGGUGGCAAACGUUUUGAGUUAGCGUGCUAUAAGAAUAAAGUUAUGGAAUGGCGAUCCAAUGUGGAGACAGACUUAGAUGAAGUAUUGCAAAUACACAACGUAUUCAUCAAUGUUUCUAAAGGCCAAGUGGCCAGUAAGGAAGAUCUGAAGAAAUGUUUUAAAACUGAAGUAGUGGACAAAGUUGUCCAGGAAAUUCUUAAAAAAGGUGAACUUCAAGUAGCAGAAAAAGAACGCUCGGAUCAAUUAGAAACGACAUGGAGAGAUAUCGCCAACAUUGUAACAGAAAAUUGUAUCAAUCCUCAAACCAAACGACCUUACACUAUCACUAUGAUUGAAAAAGCUAUGCAAGAUUUGCAUUUGAGUGUGAAUCCAAAGAGAAGUACGAAAUCCCAAGCAUUGGACGUGAUUAAACAACUACAGGAGAAACAAGUCCUGCCGAUUCAAAGAGCUCAAAUGCGAAUUCGGUUGACGCUACAACAAAGUAAUGAAACAAAAAAACUAAAAGAAAAGCUCUUACCUCUAUGCGCCUCUAUUGAAGAUGAAGAUUCAAGUUCCAUGGAAUAUGAACUGAUCGCUCUCAUUGAUCCAGGAAAAUAUCGUGUGAUGAGCGAUUUAUUACAGAAAGAGGGUAAAGGUAAAGGUCAAAUAGAAAUUAUGAAUCUGAGAGAAAAGGAAGAAGGCGACGAGAAAUUUUAG